UUACCGACCCCCGGUACCAGGGGUCAGAGGACCAGGAGCACGCGGGGGUGCAGCCGCACCUCCUGGACGAGCCCAAGGUGGGCCUUCAGCGGGAGGUCCGGGUCCACCGCCCGGAACCCUUUGAGGUCGUCACCGGCAACGCCCAAGCGGCGUGGGCCAGGGCCUGCUCGGUGCGGCCGGUCCAAAUCUCCAUUGGACAGCCUCUCCGGUGCAGAGGAGGGGCCGGCCCCAGGGAGAGCAAAGUCCCUGAAGCCGAGGAGGAAGGAGGGGCCACCGGAGGGGACAGCGACAGCGGGGAGGAGGAGGUGUCGGAGGGGUCAGACAAGGCGGAGGAGCCCUGCAAGGAGCCUACGGCAGAAGAGGCGGCCGUAACCGUCAUCCCCAACAAAUACCGCUACUACCCUCCUGCUCAGCUCCUCAGCGCCGGGAAGGUCUACCUCGACCACCACAUCGCGCUGAUGGAGAGGAACUUCCAGACCUCCCCCGACGACGCAGCAUUGGGGGAGCACCGGGGCCCGGGGUGGCUCAGAACGCCGCGGUGGUCCCAGCUCAAGGCGGAUGAGCUCGAGGCGUACGUGCUGUGA